AUGGGAAGGAAGAAGAUUAAGAUUCAAAAGAUAUCAGACGAGAGGAACCGCCAGGUGACUUUCACCAAGAGGAAGAAUGGAUUGAUCAAGAAGGCCAUGGAGUUGGCACUGCUGUGCGACUCAUCCGUCACCCUACUCAUUGUAAAUAACUCACCAAACGCCAAGGAGAAGUACUUCCAGUACGUUAGUUCGGACCUGGAUGCUCCCCUGGCAAACAUUCCCGACCUUGGACCAGAGAUAUCCCAUUUCUAUCAGAAUGAUGAUUACGACAAAUCAUUUACAAAGAAAGAUAACCUUUUAAAUGGGGCGACAGACUUUAAUGAUGAUCAUCAUGAUUCACCUGCUGAGCAUUCAUCACCUUCAAUGUCACCGAGUGAUCAUCAUCACAAUCACUCCAAGGUGUCAUCCACAACUUCCAGCAAGAGUUCCAACAAUCAUCAUCACCCAUAUCAAAGGACACUAUCAAAAUCCAACCUUGCCAAGUCUAGCAAUCCAAUAACCAACACAGACACACCAACAUCACCAAAGUCACAAAGAUAUCAACAAGUUCCACAACAGCAGCAGGCAGUCACCUUUGACUCUGCCCAAGCAUUACUAUCACUUACCAAUCCAGCCAAUAUUAGUAGUGGCAGUCUCAAUGCUAGCACACCAAAAUCAAAUGACCUCUCGCCAACAUCAUCCAUAUCCACUUCACCAACUUCUUCGCCACGCCUCCAAACAAUGUCUGACACAUCAUCGACGAUGUCGCCAGCACUUCCAACACCGUCAUCUAUCUUUGGAAAUGGAGGCAGUAGCAGCAGCAACAGUAGUAGUAACAACAGCAGUCCGAUAUUUCUAUCAAGCAACAACCUGAUGCCAAACUACACGUCCUCUUCCUCCUCGCCAGUCAAAUCAAAGUUACACUCCUCCGAGCCCCUGUCCAACAUUCUAAAUCAUCAUCAUCACAUUAUGUUGAACAACAACAUUAGUAAUAGUAGUAAUAGUAUUAGCAGCAGUAGUAGUAGUCGGGAUCAUUCCUUUGCCCACAACAACUCCAACAAUCAAAUCAACAACCACCAUAACAACAACUUAUUUAACAUUAGGAGCAAUUCUCUUACUCUGCCCUCUUUGGCAGACACGUUGUCAUCAUACUUUCCGCAUCAGUAA